GAGGUCUAUACUGAUAUUACUUCUAACCAUAGUCAAAUUGACGUAAUAGUAACAGAACACACGACAAGAGUGUCACUACGCCCGGAAGAAGUAUUUUUUGAAUAUCAUUACGAUUAUUACGAAUCCGAUUCUCCCCGUUAUGAUCCACGUGGCACUAAAAAAAUGCACACAACAUCAAAGUACCAGCCCUCAGUAACUAAUAAAACAUUUGACACAUUUAGUGAACUCUUCAACUUAGAGUCUGUAGCCGAGAACCUACUUUUCAAUACAACGGAUGAACCAUUUCAAGAUACUUGGUACGUUAUCGAAGAUUAUCCGUGCUGGAAAUUGCCUCUGGUAUUUGGAGAGAUUGGUCAAACUGCAUCACAUUUUGAGCCCGAAACACUAAAAAGAAGGUCACCUGUAUUUCAGAUGUAUCCAAAAUGUCUUAAAAACGUUAUAACUGGUAAUGAUACUGUCGAGAAACUGACACCUAGACAGAAUAAUAUUCAAUACAAUGUUAACAAAUGGUGUCGCGUUGCGCCUUGCUAUGGCGAUCAUACCAUGUGUAUGUUCCCAAAAGGGGUAACCAGUGCUUUUUGUGGCCGAGGAUAUACAGUCUCAGUGCCACCUGUCAAUGAACAAAUAGCUUUCAUAUUCUCACUAAACUCUAUACGAAAUGCGGUAGCUAGUGGAGAUAAAAGCCACUUACAUCCGCAAAUACCACGUGUGAUGGGUGCUACAAACAUGAAGAAAAUUUUAUAUGAUCACGAACUGCAGCUCAUGGCAGAGAGAUGGCUACUACAGUGCUUGCCGGGACCUUCCCCGUGUAGCUCACUUGACAAUGCAUUCGUCACUCAAUUAGAAUGUACCAAAUUAACUACUCAUUGCUGUACAGAGAAGCAUGUUGUAACCCAAUGCUCUCCUAAGGCAGAAUGCUUCGUGAAACCUCUCAUAGGGUGCCUUCACGAGUGGUUUUGGAAAACAGAACGGAGAAUUAGUAAAAUGAAUAUAAAUUGUGGAUAUAUUGAAUCAAAUACAUUCAGCACAGUCCAACUACUUUGGGCGAAGACACAAAAAGUGGGUUGUGCUUAUGGUAAUCUAGGGAACGGCGACGUCAGGGUUAUCUGUAACUUUUCUCCCGGUGCACCCUUUUACCUUGAAGUGAAAUAUUUAUGCGGCAUUAUAUCCCAAGCCGACAAUAGACCACUUUUACCUAAAGGAAAUAUUACUGAUAUAGAAUACUUAGCCCGUUUAGGUUUCAUUCUGCAACGAGAACAAAGUAAACACAAUCUCAAUUAUGUUGCACAUCACACUGAUGCUCUUGUACAGUUUUUAGAUAAGUUUAGUAGUACUACAAAAGCGUGGGGCGUCGUUGCUUUACCAAGUUUAUAUAAGGAAGGGUGGAUACGGAAACAGUUACACAUGGUCGAAAAUGGUACCAAAGGAUUGGUAGCCCGCUUAGUAACUCAAUAUACAUUUAAAGAGAAUUCGUUGGCCAGAUGUGAUUCAGAGGAGCCAAUUUUUGAAAUCGGUCCUCCAGGUUCAAAGUGUAAAGAGACGGGACACAGACAUUAUGCUCUGUGUUACGACUUCAUAGAUGUGGUCCCAGGUUACCGCAUGAUCGCCUUACUAGCUUCAAUACCUCUUUUCACCCUCAUUUUGUACGAUCUAUUUAGUACGUCUAUGAAACAAACUAAUUAAGAGCUAAAAAUUGGUUGUUUAAGUAAAUUUUAAUUUGAAUAACAAGACAUUGCUAUACAACGUCUUAAUUUUCUGUCACAGCUUCUUCAGUACUUCGUUAAGGGAAAUCGGCAGGCUUUUGUAAAACCGUUACAUUUGCCACUACACCAUUUCUAUUAGUAGUACAAAAGCAUAUCGCUUAAAGGCUUUGUUUUAUCGCUAACA